AUGACUGAUUUGGAAUAUAAGUUUACUCCAACUAUGUAUCCGCUGGACGGUUCAAUGGGAGGAAUGAUGACUCUCGACCCAUCAAAUGCUUCUGGGAAUGAUAUGAUGGCUCCACCUGAACAGACAGAUAUCACCCCAACAACCGCUGAUGAUAAUGUAUUCUCUCCAGUGAAGCCAGCUUCUGCUUUCUACAAUACCAGUGGAGCUGCAGCUGCCAACAUCUAUUAUGCCACACCAAGUGGAGCAAACACCACAACUGGCUCAGCAUCCGGAAAAGAUUCAACUUAUGCUGCUGCUGCUGAUUUUACGGGUUAUCCUAUGCUUUUCAACUCAGUCUAUCCUUCUUAUACAUUGCCAACAUCAUCAGCUGAUCAACAAACUUUCAAUCAGACCACCAUGAUGGACCCAACGAUGUUCGCCGGUCAAAAUAGUGCAGCUCAGUUUUAUCCUCAAUUCAAUUAUCCAUAUGAUUAUCAAAUUCAAUCACAAUCAUUAUUACCUCGCAUCCCAACCGCAUCUGCCACUACAACACCUUCAUCCUCAACCUCAUCAGCUUCUUCAUCAUCCGGAAGCAGUACGUCUACGAAUCCAAGCAGCGGUAAUGCUUCUUCAAGAGGCAAAGGAUCAACAUCUGAAGGAAGAGAAUGUGUAAACUGUGGAGUUCAACAGACCCCACUUUGGCGUCGAGACAAUUCUGGUCAUUAUCUGUGUAAUGCUUGUGGACUUUACAGUAAAAUGAAUGGAUCAAGUCGGCCGUUGGUGAAGCCUAAAAAGCGACAAAGCACACAGAAACGAUCAGGAAUGGCUUGUGUUAACUGCAAAACAGACCAUACUACUUUAUGGAGGCGGAAUGGUGGGGGAGAAACUGUAUGUAAUGCUUGUGGAUUGUAUUAUAAGCUUCAUCAUGUUGAACGACCCAUUGCUAUGAAGAAAGAAACGAUUCAAUCAAGAAAUCGCAAAAUGUCAUCCAAGUCCAAGAAGGCUCAACAGCAAUCUGUACAACAACAGCCUCAACAACUUCAAAAGAAUGGAGGUUCAAUUGUGAACGGUCUUGGAGUUCCAACUGCAGGCAUGGAUGAUGCUGGAUGGAACAAGAUGGGCAUAUAUGACACCAAAUCCAUGUAUGACAUGAAAAUAAUUCCUCAAACUUUCUAUAACGCCCAACCAUAUCCGGCUAAUUUUAUAUUUGGUGGCUCAGCUCAGUGA